AAAUAGCGAAAGGACGUAAACGUCAAACAAGCGACUCGACGUCAUCAACCCGCGUUUGGAACGUCAGUAAAUAAAGUGAUCAAGCGUUCAUACUUCAGUUUCGCUAUAGUUUGCAGGUUUUAUUUAUUAUUGUACAUUGAAUAGGCUUUUUGUUGGUUCUUGUUUCAACAGAACAUUAUAAACUUUGCAUGCAUUUUUUUUAUUUUGUAGGCGCUACAGCUAGCGCCAGCGGCUCAAACGGUGCUAAAUGUAUUGUGCCUGGUGAAUAGCGGCAGUUGGCAAAACAUUUGUCCUGGAAAAAAAGAAAUUUAUGAGGAAUUAUUCUUCACCGACAAUCAAAAACAUUUGAUCAUGUCAGCGCAAAAGGACUGCGAGUUUCUAGUCAAAAGAGCUCGUGAAUUGGUCUCAGAUGAUCCCUGUGCUGCCAAAGCCUGGCUCAUCACAGCCAGGACCCUGUAUCCAGCAGACUUCAACAUACAGUAUGAAAUGUACACAAUUGAAAGAAAUGCAGAGAAGACAUCUUCUGCUGGAAGGUUACUGUAUGAUAUGUUUAUUAACUUUCCUGAACAGCCUAUAGUUUGGCGGGAGAUCAGUGUCAUCACAGCAGCUCUACGAAGUGACUCCCAGGAUAAGCACACACAGUUCCUACGAGGGCUUUUUGAGACACUUCCCGCUCGUGUUCAAUGUGAAAUGCUCUUAAAAGCCACAGAGCAGUGUUUUAACACGUUGGAGAAAGCAGAAAUGCUGCUGCUUCUUCUGAAGAGAUUUCCUGAGUCUGUCGUCCAACAUGGGGUUAAUCUUGGGGAAACGUUGUUGGACGCUGAGGUAUCAGAGAAUGUGGAGUCUCCUGUUAAUUGCUUUAGAAAACUUUUCGUUUGUGAUGUCCUUCCCUUGGUUAUCAACAACAUGGACAUGCGGUUGCCAACAAGCCUAAUGCAAAAAUAUAUGUUGAAAGCUGCAGAGUUUUAUAUUGGGUAUGUUACGCGGGGACCUUCACCUGAUGCUCCUAUACAAGGCCCUCAGGAUGGAUCUAUAAAAUCCCCUUCUAUGUCUCGUGGAUCACAGCGUUAUGUGAUUGACGGCCUUUCAGAAAAGUCCUCUGUUGUUUCUGAACCUUGGGAAAAGCUGUUGGAUAUUUUGUCUGUCGUGGGAGCACGUUGUGAGUGGCAGGGAGACAAAGGACAGAGAAGUUACGUGGACAUGCUGCACAGAGUAAAGGAGCUGUGUCUGUACUUACCUGGUUUGGAAGGAGAGACUUUAUCGCGGUGUUGCAGUCAGGUGGUCAUUUGUGCAGCACUGGUCCUUUUCCGCAGUGCUUUCCUCUAUGUCUCCGCCGUACAACCUGCAUUGUUCCAAGGUGUUAAUGGGAUGAGUUCUGGACCAUGGAUUCUUGUGGAGGACUUGAGCUCUGUCUAUAAUGAUAUAGAGGUGGAGAGAGGAGCCUUAAAACAUGCACAUAAAAAACGUAAACUUGCAGAUGGGAGAGAGAAGACAAUGAGCUCAGAUGAUGAAGAAGGCUUGGGAAAGGGCAGAGGACGACAUAUUGUAGUUAAUAAGACUGAAAUGCCUGGCUGGUCAGAAACACUUGAGAGCUUCAGGACAGCAAGAGAGAGCUGGGACCUUCUUCACUCACAUGAAGGCUUAGAGACUGAAUUUAAAAAGAUUUGUGCUGCAUGGAAAACGGAGAACUGGAUGUGGUUCAGAAUAUUCCUCACUGACAUGAUAAUAUACCAGGGGCAAUACCGUAAAGCUCUUUCCAGCCUGCACCAGAUGGCAGCAGUGCAGCAGCCUCAUCCGGGGCAGCAGAGCCCCUCGGGACAGGCCAGUCUGGAGCACCACAGAGCUCUGAUUCAACAGGCCUCCUGUCACUAUGCACUGGGAGAGUACAGGAUGGCCUGUGACAAACUACUAGAUGUGGUUAGUGGGCUUGUACCCCCAAAUUAUGAACAGAUUAAAAGUUCAGAGGACCCAGGCCGUCACAAAGUCAAAUCAAGAAAAGGUAAUGACCUAAGGUUACUACCAUGCACCAGCAAAGCCAUCCUUCCCUUUUGCCUACAGCUGAUGUUGGCAUGUUUCAAGCUCCGAGCCUUUGCAGAAAGCCAUGAUGACCUGUCUCUCGGGCAUGUGAUAGUUCUUCUGCAGUAUGACUGGCCACAGGGGGAAAACCUCUUCCUCAAAGCAGUGGAUAAGAUCUGCCAGCAAGGCAGUUUCCAAUAUGAGAAUUUCUUCAAUUACGUCACCAACAUCGACAUGCUAGAGGAGUUUGCUUACCUGCGCACACCUGAAGGAGGGAGGAUCCAACUGGAGCUGCUGCCCAAUCAGGGCAUGUUGAUAAAACAUCACACAGUCACUCGUGGAAUCACUAAAGGCGUAAAAGAAGAUUUUCGUUUGGCCAUGGAGCGCCAAGUAUCACGCUGUGGAGAGAACCUGCUCAGUGUGCUGCAUCGAUUCUGCAUCAACGAGAAAAUUAUCAUCAUCCAGUCUCUUCCUUGACAAAUGCAGAAACCCUCACCACAAGUUUUACAUUCAGUUUCAGUGACUGGUUUCAAGAUACACUUCUCAUUCUCUUAAAAUAACUGUUAAUUCUAUUCACCAUCCACUGUCAACUUCAAUACUCAACACUGUAUUUGUCAUGAAAAAAAUGCAUUUUUGUCUUUUGAAAGUAAACUUUAAUGGUUUUGUAAAAAAAAAAAAAAAAAAGCAUUUGAUUAU